UGGCACCACUGGCCAUCCACAGAUGUUCAGACGAGAUUUGUGAUUGACAUCUUUGACAGUACAUCUCCAAGAGAUAAUAUACAAGGCACAGAAGACCUGUUGAUCUUCAUGGGUACCAGACUGGACAUCAUUAUGCUCUACUGCUCUGUUGCUCUGCUCCUGCUCCUGCCCCUGCUGGCGCAGUCUCACCCUCACAUAGAUGACGAGGGCCUGCCAAUCGACUGUGAAGAUGUCUUCAAAAACGGAUCGAUUCACAGUGGCGUCUACACCAUCUACCCUGAAGGAGAGGACUCAGCUGUGGAGGUGUACUGUGAAAUGAGCUGCCCUGAGAAUGAGAACAUGGAAGAAGGCCAUUGGACAGUGAUCCUGAGGAGAAUGGAUGGGAGUGUGAAUUUUGACAGAACCUAUGCACAGUAUUCAGAGGGCUUUGGAUACAAGGAUGGAGAGUACUGGCUGGGUCUGGAGAGCAUGCACCUCCUCACAAUAAAGGGGGAUGGGAAUUGGUAUUCACUGAGAGUGGAUGUGGAGGACUUUGCUGGGUCGAAAAUCUUUGCUCUGUACCCCACCUUCCGUGUAGAAUCAGCAUCGGCUGGGUAUAGACUCCAUAUCGUUGACUUCAUUAAUGGCGGUGCAGGUGAUUCUCUGAAAGCACACAAUGGGCACAUGUUUUCCACCUUUGAUAGGGAUCAGGAUACCUAUUGGGGUCAAUGUGCAGCCGGUCACGUCAAGGGAGGAUUUUGGUUUCAUAAGUGCCUGAAUGCCAACACAAACGGCCAAUACCAAUGGCAAUAUCACAAUGGUAAAGGGACAUCUGGGGUGUAUUGGUCUACAUGGUCUUCAGCCUCACUAAAGGCCAUUACUAUGAAGAUUAAAAGAGUGCCUCGGGCUGAUGAAGCGACUGACUAGUUAAAGGCGUCUCCUCGACCAGUCUAUCGUGCCCCUGUGUUCCUAUCAUGGUUACUGUCAAAUUACACUUUAAAGCAAACUAAUCAUAGCAAUAAUCUUGAGAGCAAGUGAUCCUGAUUCAGAAUGGACCAAGACAAUUCCUCUGACAUCAGAUAAAAGAAUUCAUAUAAAGGUAUUGGGAUUGACUGAUUGAUUGGGAUUUUCAAAAUAGAAGGUUAAUAGUCAUACUUUCUUUAUACUGCCGAUAGAUGGUGUGGGAGAAAAUUGUUUUAUUCUUUUAUCAUCAUGUAUCAUGUUACUUAUGAUUUUGAAAUAUUGAGUGUGACUUGAUUGAUUGAUUGAUUGAUUGAUUGGGAUUUUCAAAAAAGAAAGUUAAUUAAUAAAGUCAUACAUUUAUUACCACUGCCAGUUAGCCUGCAAAUGCAUGUGAAUUGAGAAGGUCUGCAUGCUAAUCAGGCGAACUGCUAUAGGUGGUGGGGGAGAAAACGCUUUUAUUCCCAGUAUAGCCUACUGCUAUUUUAUGUGGUUAACUGCACCCUACCUAGCUUUGAAAUGUCAGAUUGCCUAAUAAGCAGAAGUGAACGAGGGCAUGCAGCCAAAUUUAUGACUCUAGGCAUAAGCAUGUUUAUAUCUUUAUGGGCAAAGACAUCAUACCACUUUGUAAGUCUCGCUGAGGAGUACUGACAAAAACAGAUGGUUUUAUGAGUCAUGCUUUUAUUUCCUCAUUGGCUUUUGAUUGAGAAUAGGAUGGUCUGAUUGAGAAUAGGAUGUUAUGUAGAUUAAUCAUGUAGAUUAAUCAUUGGGUGUUUCAGCUAUUGGAUUCCAAUUGUUUUACUUUCUGAAUUUGAAAUAAAUCAGCAAAAGAAAUGUUGAA